UUUUUGCAACUGAUUAUUCUCAGCCCGCAGAUAGGGUCAGAAUGAAAUCACCACCGCCGCCGUGUCACCGAAGAUAAAGGUAACGGUCAGAUUUUCGAAUUCGGUUUGGAACUAGGCUCGUGACGUAAUCAAGGAUGCCGUGAAUCUUUAACAGAACACUGUAUCUGUAUUUAUGGACGAAUGGUAUUGAUCUUACUGGCAUCGAAUGAGGGCAUUCAAGAGCACGUGACGCAACAACGAUCCACGUAUAAAAUCCAGCUGAACCAAGAAAAGCCCAAGAGUCCUGAGAAAGUAGUGAAGGAGAAGGAAGUGAACAUGGCACAAAAAGGGUUGAGCAAGGACCAGCUGAACCUGGAGUCGCUCCCGGAUCCAGGAGACAGGUAUGAGCUGGGUGAGCUCAUGGGCUCUGGAGUUGGAGGCGAGGUCUACGAAGCUAUCGACAAUGAAUCUGGUCGAAUGAAAGUAGCUAUUAAAGUAAUGAAGGCAUAUCCUGAUAACAUGAGUGGCAUCAAGGAAGAGUAUAGGAUACUGCGAGAUCUAUCGAACCACUCCAACCUCCCAGACUUCUAUGGUGCUUACCUACGGAGAGGAUCCGAAUAUGACGACAUCUGGUUUGUCAUGCAAUUGUGUGAAGGCGGCACUGUUGUUGAUCUGUCCAAAGGUCUCUUAAUGCAAGGGAAAAGAAUGUCCGAAGAGCACAUAUCAUUCAUUCUUAAGGAAACACUUAAGGCCUUAUGUUAUUUGCAAGAAAAUCACGUUAUCCAUCGGGACGUUAGAGGGAGCAACAUUUUACUCACAAAAGACGGAGAGAUCAAAGUUGCAGACUUUGGCUUGUCCCGUGAACUGAAAAGCACUCUAGACCGCCGAAAUUCUUGCUUGGGAUCUCCCAACUGGAUGGCUCCAGAGUUGGUAAACAGCUCAAGGCGCAGUGACGAUGAAGAAAAUACCUAUGAUAGUAAAAUAGAUGUUUGGGCACUAGGUAUUACAGCGAUUGAAAUUGGAGAUGGGAAGCCCCCAUUUCAAGACAUUCACCCGACAAGAGCUAUGUUUCAAAUUGUGAAAAAUCCUCCCCCUAGCUUAGCUCGCCCGUCAAACUGGAGUCAAAAUUACAACGAUUUUGUCACAGAAUGUUUGGAAAAAAAUCCAGAACAUCGUCCGUUCAUAAUGGAGCUAAUGGAGCACCCGUUCAUCACAGCACUUCCGGAGAACGAUUUUCACUUUGCUUCCGAGCUGAAAGCCCUAAUGGCCUCCAUUGACAAUAACAUGAAAGAGCACCGAAAAGCUGAAGUUCAAAUCAGAAAAGGACUCCUGAAGGUGGCAGAAACGGGAGAGUUGGAGAGCAUGCACGUGGAAGAUUUGGCCGCUUUGGACGUUAUCACCGAAGACACGAUCGUAGCCGAACUUCAGGCACGAUUAGCGGCCGGCAUGCCUUAUACGUUCAUUGGAGAUGUCCUACUGUACUUGAACCCUUACACAGAUCUCAAUAUUUACAGUCUUAAGCAUCAUUACAAGUACCAGGCGAAAGCUCGCUCUGAUAACGCGCCUCACAUCUUCAGCGUCGUGGACAGCGCCUACCAAGACUUGUUCCACCACAACGAGGCGCAACAUAUCCUCAUCGCCGGCGAGACCCUCUCCGGGAAAACCACCACCAUGAAACACGCUCUCAAACACCUCCUUUUCCUUGGACAACAAACGACGAAUAAGAUCGGGGACAGGAUCGAGAAGAGCCUGAAAGUGAUCCACGCGUUCGCCAAUGCUGCCACACCCCUCCACGACAACUCCACCCGCCACGUCCUCCAAACCCAGGUUACUUUCACCACCACGGGAAAAGUUAGCGGAGCUAUAUUCUGGCUCUACCAGCUGGAAAAAUGGAGAGUCACCGGCAGCAAGGAGUUCCAGAACGCCAACUUCCACAUGUUCUACUACUUCUACGACGCGAUGGACGAAUCCGGCGAGUUGAGCAAGUACAGUCUGGAGAGCGGGCGGCAGUACAAGUACUUGCGAACGACCAACGACGGCGAGACAGCGCCGCGCUCCAUCCGCUCCGCCCGGGAGACCCCAAGGGAGAACGUCCAGCACUUCAAGGAGAUCAAGGAGAUCUUCGCCGCCCUGGAGAUCGAGGAGAACGAGCAGAAAGUCAUCUGGAGCACCCUCGCCGCCAUCCUCCUCCUCGGCGAGGUCACCUUCCACGACCUCGAGGACGGCACCGCCGAGGUCCAGAACCCCCAGGUCGCCGCCAAAGUUGCACAGCUGAUUGGCGUUGACGAGAAGAAAUUCUGCUGGUCUCUGCUGAACUACUGCGUUGUUCAAAAGGGCACCGCGGCGCGACGAAGACAUACUAGAGUCGAGGCCACCAUUGCCCGGGAUGUCCUCGCAAGAGGCCUUUACUUCAGACUUGUCGAUUGGAUCGUCAACAUCCUCAACUUGAAACUCUCCAUGACAAGAGUCAUUUUCGGCGACAAAUACUACAUUAACAUUUUGGAUAUGUUUGGUUUCGAGUGCUUCCAGAAGAAUUACCUGGAACAACUUUACGUCAACACUUUUAACGAGCAAAUGCAGUAUCACUAUAAUCAAAAGGUUUUCUCGUGGGAGAUGCAAGAGCAAGAGGAGGAAGAGAUUCCAAUUCAGGCACUCCAAUUUUACGAUAACAAACCGACAGUCGACGAGCUGAUGAGGAAACCAGACGGUUUACUCUACGUGAUCGAUGAGGCUAGCAGAAGUAGUCAAGGAGCCAACUUCAUCGCAGAGACGCUGGAGAGCGACGGGAGGGGUCCGCGGAUAAAGAUGGCGACCGGGAAAGAGUUCUGCGUGGCCCACUACACGGGGAAAGUCUGCUACGAGAUCAAGGACAUGCCGGAGAAGAACCGGGACUUCCUCCCGCCGGAGAUGAUCGAGACGCUCCGGACCUCGUCGUGCAAGAUCGUCAAGCAGAUGUUCACGAACCAGUUGACCAAGAGCGGGAACCUCACCAUCAGCUCCGACCAGAACACCCUCGUCGCCGUCGGCAAGAAGAAGCGAUGGGGAGCCGCGCUCGUUCAAGAAAACCAGAAAUCUAGGAAAUUCAACACGGAGUCGCGAGGGGAGUACUCGCAGACCCGACGGAUGCGGACUGGCUGCGCGGUGUUCCGGGCGUCGUGCCUGGAGGUGCUGCGCAACGUCUCGGGGAGCGCGUCCGGGGGCGGCACGCACUUCGUCCGCUGCAUCCGCACAGACCUCACCGGGCAACCCAAGGGCUUCCAGCCGGAGGUCGUCCGCCAGCAGAUGAGGGCCCUCGCCAUCGUCGACACGGCCAAGGCCCGUCAGAAGGGCUACUCACACAGGGUCAACUUCAACGACUUCCUCCAAAGAUAUAAAUUCUUAGCAUUUGAUUUUGAUGAGAAUGUCGAUAUCACUAAAGAAAACUGUAGACUUCUACUAAUUCGUUUGAAAAUGGAAGGCUGGGUCAUUGGCAAGAACAAGGUGUUCCUAAGAUAUUAUAACGAAGAAUAUCUAUCGAGGCUGUACGAGACGCAGGUCAAGAAGAUCAUCAAGGUCCAAGCAAUGAUGAGAGCCUUCAUCGCUAAGAAGAGGGUGCCUAAACUUGGUUCACGUCAAAACUCUGUCGACGGACUUUCGGAUAAGAAACGGAGGACACCGAGACCAAGGGUCGGUAGCACAGAACAGUAUUCGCAAGAUGAAGCUGCGACUAUCAUACAAAAGAAAUACCGCGGCUAUCAAGUACGGAAACAGUACGGACCUUUAAUUGCAGGAGAUAAAAUGGAGGCUGAGACAAUACAAUUCAUUCGCCACUACUACUACAAAUGGAAGGCCAAGACUAUGUUCCAGGUUCUCCUCCUUUACAGAGCUGCCAAGCACCAAGACCUUAUCUACUUCGGCCAGCAGGUACAUUUAUACAACAAUAACACAGUGGGGACUCUGUUAAUUGAUAUGAAAGAAGUUGUCAAGCUGGAUCAUAUUAAGGAAGGAGUAAAUCCAGUCAAGAUGCUUGGUCCUCAUAAACCUGCCGUUUUAAAACUGCCAUUCCGAUUGAGAGACCUUCCAUUCCUCGACAACUAUGCCAUGAGCGAUCCUCUUGCACCCAAAGGGUCACAAUUUGGGGAUGACGAAUCCUGGGAUAUCCCUCUGCGCAGAGGUCAUGGUUUUGAGAGUAUGUCAGGAUAUCUUUACAAAGAUCAGGAAGUUCAGACUGGUUCGAGCGAGUGGAAGAACGAAAGAGAAGUUACACCUGAGGAGGUGAACUUUAUUGAAACUCCAUACUGCCGCGACCCAUGGAAAGUUCGAAGUGUCUACGCUGAUCAGAUCUACAGACAGGAAUCUGCCCCACCGCCAAGGACCAGAGAACGACCCUCCAGUCGAACAAGUACCAAACGUCGUGCACCAGCCCCUCCUAACUACCAACGGAACAAUUACACAUCCAAUGAUUACCGUCAGAACUCGGGUGAAAGCGAGUCACAUCAUAAUUAUCACAAUAGAGCCAACGAUGAUUACAGGGGAGACAAAUACAAGACGAACGGGAUGAAAAAAGAUUACGACCACAUCCUUGAGAUGAAAACAAGAGGCCAGGUGCAAUCCAACAACAAUGCAGAUGAUGAAGCAGAUGACCCGCCUUUCAACUUUCAGGCUAUGCUGAGGAAAACAAAUCACAAUCGCGCUUCUCUCCGACGAAACUACAACAACGAGUCAACAACUUACAACUACUCCAACACCGGUGCGAACAGCAACUUCAACUCGAAUCAACGGGGCUACGAGCCGGCCGGCUACAAACCGGUUCCGAGGAAACGCUCUUCCAUACGUCAUUACAACAACAGCUCUUCGCGCCGUGAUAGAGUCGAGCUGGCGCCUGGAAUCAUUCUCGAGGGCGAUUCUGCUGAUCUGUAAUUCUCUGCAAUCGCACUUGUAAAAAUAAACUUUGCCGAGUAUUUUUUGAA